UGGCAGCCGUCUCCAAUCAGAACGCGCAGCGGUUUCAAUGAUGUCUGUCAGUCACGUACCAGCACUUCCCGGACCAACCAGCAGAGCUUAGCACCGGCCUUCCGGCUCCACCCCCUCGCUCCCGGAAGUGUGAUGUGGCUGGAAGCGGGGAGCUAUGUCUGCAAUCUUCAACUUUCAGAGCCUACUGACAGUAAUCUUGCUGCUCAUAUGUACCUGUGCUUAUAUCAGAUCCUUGGCUCCCAGCUUACUGGACAAAAAUAAAACUGGAUUAUUGGGCAUAUUCUGGAAGUGUGCCAGGAUUGGUGAACGGAAGAGUCCAUAUGUAGCUGUGUGCUGUAUAGUGAUGGCUUUCAGCAUUCUGUUUGCACAGUAGCAACUGAAGAAUGUCAAGAAUAUCAAGCUAGUGGCUUAACGGACUUUGGGCAGCAAAAUAGAUAAACAUAUUCUAACCCCUCUAUCUCUUUGUUGCGUGUAUUGGAUGGGCCAUACUUUUGGCAAGCGUUUCCUUUUUUUUUUUUUUUUUGUGGACCACGGUGUACAGUUUAACAAUGUAAUUCUGGAAUUGAAGACCUGUAUUUUGAUUACGUAACAUUUAUUUAGUAGUAUUGAUACUGAUGUGUUAAAUUCUGCAAAAGUCAUUGACAUGCAUCAUAUAUUGGAUUUCAGAGUGGUUAUUUUUAAGCCAUGCAGUUGAAAACAAAGUUAAUAAAUAUACAUCAGUUUGA